GAGCGCAUCUAUAUACGGAAUCGGAACCCAGGUUGCUCAGCCGAGUAAAUAUAUACUUGGCCAAUCGGAAGACAGCUUAUCAGGCGAAACAGAGUCCAGCUGGCGAAGCCCGUUGAAAUUUCGGCAACAGUACAGUCGUACAGCUCCAAGUGAUCGCAAGUGUGAAGUUCUUCAGUCGCGCAUAAUCCAGAGAUCCCCUAGAUCCUUUAAAAAUAAUGGCCGCCAAGAGAAUGGACUUAAAUAAGCGCACCUUUUUGGUGCUGAGCGGCAGCUCGAAUCCUUUGGGUCAAUCCCUGGCCCUGGAGUUUUGCCGGCGCCUGGCCACCGGAUCCCUGGCCCUGAUCCUGGACGAGGAUCAGGAGCAGCUGCGGGAACUGGGGGAUCUCCUCCAGCGCGAGCUGAAGACGGAGACCAUCAAAGUGAAGACCGGCAAGUUGAACGAGAACCACUCCAAUGGGGUGCAGCUAAUGGAGCAGGCCCUGAAGCAGCAUUUCAAAGUGGAUGGGGACAACCGAUUCGAGCGAUCCAUAAUCCUGCACAACGAGGGCCUGGCGGCCACCCAUGUGCUCUUGGAACCCCAGAGCACCGAGGAUUGGAAGAGCUAUGUGCAGCAGCAACUGUACGCACCGGUGGCCCUCAGCCAGAGGUGGCUGCAGUCGAAGUAUUUGGAGAAGGUGGAGAAACUGGCGGUGAAUGUGACCUCCUCGCUGAUGGUGCGUCCACUGGUCCAUGCGGGACUGCUCUGCUCCUGCAAGCGGGCCAGGGACAUGUACUUCCGGGCCAUGGCCGCCGAGGAGCAUCGCUUCGGAGUUCACGUGCUCAGCUUCUCACCCGGCCUGAUGGCAACCCACCAGGGACAGUGCGACGAGAACGGCAACCAGAUCACUCCCGCCGACCUGGUCGCCUCGAAGAAGUGGCUCCAGCUGCCCAGGAUCCAGCCAGGCCAGGCCACCCGCAAGCUGAUCAACAUCCUCGAGGAGAUCUCCUUCGUUUCCGGCCAUGACGUCGACUACUACGACACCUUCGUUUUAUGAGUAGCAUCGUGGCGGUGGGCUGCGUCCCUGAUGGACUCGGUUCUGGACUUGGCUCACGAUUUGGACGCUGUUUUUGAUUUGAUUGCCUUGGAAACUAAUAAACUCUGGCUGACGACCCUGAAUUUAAACCUGGAGGUGCACGAAAAGCAAGCACACGAACAGGAAAACGAAA